AUGGCCGACAGCUGCUGCUCUGGAAACUUUUCUACCUCCUGUAGGUGCAGCCUGCCCACCUCAGGUUCAUCCUGUGACUCUCCUUGGCCCAGCAAUCUGGUCUACAACACCACCAGCUGCUCAUCCAGCACCUGCCAGCUGCACAGUGACUGUCAGGAGAGCUGCAUUGAGCCCACCAGCUGCCAGAGGUCCUGCAUGGUGUCCAGCCCCUGCCAGGUGGAAUCCUCUGUGAACACCGGCUGUCAGAAAACCUGCAUUGAGCCCACCAGCUGCCAGAGGUCCUGUGUGGUGUACAGACCCUGCCAGACAGCCUGCUAUUACCCAAGGAGCUCCACACCCUGCAGUCCCUGUGAGGGGACAUACGCUGGGUCUCUGAGUUGUGGGUCCAGCAACUUCCAUCCUCUGGGCUAUGAAUCUAGAAGCUUCUUCUCAGGGGACUGUGGUCCCAGGGACUUCAGAUCUCUGAAUUAUGAAAUCCCUGUAUUUCCUUUCUUGAGUGAUGUGUCCACAUUCUGUUACCCAACAUACUUGCUUUUUAAUACCUACCAGCCUUCAUUUUGUGUUCCAACUUGUGGGCCACGUCUCUCUGGAGUCAGCUGUUAG